AUGAAAACGAAGCCGAAACGCACACUUCCCAGGUGCGUGGGAGGUUGCGAUUGGCUGGUUGUGGUGGAUGAUGAUGAUAAUGGUGGUGGUGGUGAUGAUGAUGAUGAUGGUGGUGGUGAUGAUGAUGAUGAUGAUGAUGAUGAUGAUGAUGAUGAUGAUGAUAUAAGUGAUGUAAGUGAAGGAAGAUGUUAGUGGUUGCCUAGCACAGCUUUUCUUGAAUGCGCAUGUGGCCUAAUAAACUCAUGCGGUGGGUGAAUGUGCGAGUGCAGUGAGAGAAGUUGAGGCGAAUGCCUCUGGUGUAUCUUGGUGCUCCAGGCACUGGUUCAUUGGCCUCUGCGUGAUGGGGUCAAGAGUGGUCGACCAGACCGAUGA